ACCAUGUCUGCCACUGCUAACCUGAGACCCCAGAGACCAAGCUUGCAGCAAGAAAACGAUCCUCUUCCCCUUUGGGACUCGUUCUCUUCCGGGCUCCAGCAUCGGAACAGCCACCGCGCCGGUCUGCGGACAAGUCGACCCUCGACAUGGCAUUGGCAUCCGCAUCAGCAUCAGCAUCAGCAUCGCUGCCUGCCAAGGUGGUGGAUGCCGCGGCACAGAAAAAGAAAGCUCACUGGGCUGUGAGCUUCAUGGCAGGCUUUUGCUCGGGCGCCACGGAGGUCUCCGUCACGAUGCCCUUGGACACCGUCAAGACCUUCUGCCAGGUGAACCGAACUGGCAUGGGCCCAAUGGCAGGGGCGCGGCAAAUCUAUCAGCUCAAAGGUUUUCAGGGCUUCUACUUCGGGUUGCCCGCCGUGCUCUUGCAGGUGGCUGGAAAGGGAGCGAUUCGCUUCACUGCUUUCGAGCAGUUCAAGUUCCUCAUGCACCUCACACCGGUGCCCAAAGGAUCCAUCGACUUCCUGGCCGGCAUCGGCGCCGGCUUUGCCGAGGCCUUCUUGUGGACCACCCCGACGGAGCGACUGAAAGUGUUGCGGCAGAAUGACAUCAAGUCUGGCUUGAACAGAUACUCCAGCCUGGUGGGUUCCAUCCGGACCGUGGCCACUGAACACGGCAUCACCGGUCUCUAUGCAGGCAUUGGUGCCACUGGCAUUCGACAAGCGAGUGGCGUGGGAGUGCGCUUUGCACUAUAUGGAAGAGUCAAGGCUGCCAUCACCAGCGAUCCGCCUCAAAUGUGGCAAUCUGCCAUGGCAGGAGGCAUCACCGGCUGUUGCAGCACCUUGCUGAACAAUCCCAUUGAUGUCAUCAAGUCGAGGAUCGAAGCGCAAGAUGGGAAGACCAAAGAGUACACAGGCACCAUCCAGGCCUUCCGAGCCAUUCUGAAGCAAGAAGGUUUCAUGGCCUUCUACAAAGGCAUCGCCCCACGGCUCAUGAAGAUUUCCAUCGGCCAAGCGAUUACCUUCUCAGCAUACGAGGCCUACUCCGGCAUGUUUUCCAACCUCACCGGAUUGUGAGCAGCGCUGCUCCACGCCUCAAUUGGAGUGCAAUCAUCUCAGUCCUCCCAUGUCAGCACAGCAAGUGAUGAUCCGGAUUUUCCUCCAGGC